AUGGUGAUUACCAAUCCUCUUGAAUUCAACAACCAGGGCUUUCAGACUGGUCGUGAAUACGCUAGGUACUUACGUAGCUUUCGCGAUCGCCCCAUUCAACCUUCCUUCACCUUUCAACCUUCUGCUUUCAACAAGUAUGGAAUGAAUCUCUCUUCCAUGCUUGCUGGUUUCCGCUGGAGCUCCUUGGUUGAAGACCAACGUUUCAGCUUCUGUCCUGAAGCAGUCAGGAUGUUCUAUGUGAGCAUCAAAUGGGGGCUAGGCCCUGAACCCUCGUUCUUCACCACUGUGGUUUAUAACCACAAAAUCAAGGUGACGCCUGAUUUGCUUGCCUCGGUCCUCUCAUUGCCCCACUCUGGUCUCCAAGCUGGGUUUGAUGGGGAGUUCCACAAUCUGGGGUUCGAUUUCUUGGCCUCGUUGUCUCUUCUCAGUGAAGAUACAGGGAGGUACUUCUCCCAUCACCUUGAUGUCGGACGGCUUCCAGAUGACCUGAAGGUGCUUCACUGGUUCAUCACUCGGUGCUGGUUGCCUCGUGAUCUGCGGAGCUCGGAUGUGUUGCAUCCUAAUGAUCUCUGGAUCAUGUCUCAUGCUCGAGCUUUCACUAUCUGCAAUAUUCUUGAGGACUUGCGCCCGAACCACAUUUUCAAUCUCCUGGAUGCUGACGUUGGCCGUCGUAAGAUUGUCACUGGCUCAGGGGGAGGAAUUGGUGGGUUACUUCCUGCUGCACCUGAAGCAUCUCAUGAACUGGUUCCAGCAUUACUUAAGGAUGCUGUUUCAGCCAUCAAUGCUGAAGUAAUGAAAAACAGAGCUGUUGAGUCAAGUCAAGACGGUUUGACAAGAGCUUCGCUUGGGUUGGUGCUGUGCAAGGAAAGUUUGGAGCUUAUGCAGGCUCCCCAAGGAGAUCUGGAGGAUGAGGCAGAACCUGCUCCUGAGGACUUUGAUCCCAUGUCCUCAGAUUCUGGGUCUGAUGAUGACAUCUCAGACUAUGAAUCUCCUCCUAAAUAUCCCUUCUAG